AUGGCCGAGUCGGAGGAAGAGCUUCAGGCCCAGCGGCUCCCGGAGCUGUUCGAAAGCAGCCGGGAACUCGUGGAGGAGCUGGAAAGGGCGACGUUGCCGUCGGGCUCUCGGCUGAUCCAGGACAUGGUGAAGCAAGGGCUGAAGCUGCUCGAGCGGGCGGCCGACAUGCUGUCGCAGCUGGACAUGUUCGGCCCGAACGAGGACCUGGAGGAACUGGCUUCCGGCGAGCUGCGCUACCUGCUGGUGCCCGCGUUCCGGGGCGCGCUCACGCUGCGCCUCGCGAACCCCAGCAAGCGCCUGGAGCACCUCAGGCAGGCGCGGGAGUACUUCGAGCAGUUCCUGAGCCGGUGCCACAGCUACCGCGUGGCCGAGUGUCCUCCCGCGCCUGCUGCGCCUGCGCCCGCGCCCGCUGCUCCUGGGGAGCCGCCGCCCUCGCCCGCCCGGAACGGAUGCGAAGGGACCACUUCCGCUUCCGGCCCCGGCGCUCCGGGCCUCGUGGCCAUGGCGGUGCGCAGGCAGGAGAAGAUCCAGCGCUGCCUGGUCUUCGGCCUGGGGUACCCGAGUCUGGCCACCAUGACGGUGCACGAGUGGUCCGAGCAGCAGCGGCAGAAGUGCGCCGCAGCGCCGGCUCAGGAGGCCCCGCAGGGCCCCGAGACGGUGGAGCAGGGCCAAGCGUCUCAGCCAGAGAAAGAGCAGGCCCGGGAAGACGCCGACGACGAGAAGAUCCUCCGGAGAGCCCAGGAGUGGGAUGACUGGAAGGACACCCAUCCUCGGGGCUACGGUAACCGACAGAACAUGGGCUAA